AUGGAAGGUUUGUGUCUUCAAGCGCAAGCAUCUGACUCCCAUUACUGGAGUGAUGAUGAAGAAAAGGUGGUUGUGUCUGCUCAAGAAAACGAAGAUAAAGAUGACGCGAACUCCAAGGUCCUCGUAUCCUUUCGCGACGCAUAUGGGGGCACUCUUGCAUUUCGAACGCUUCCAGAGAAUCUUAUAGCAACCCAUCUAGCAGCAUAUACAUCCGAGUUUGGCAAAGAACAGUCAAUGCUGUGCGUCUUUUGGCGGGGAGUGAUCCUGGAUGUUGACACAACAUUUGCCGAUAACAAUAUAAAGCACUCUGCCGUGUUUUAUGUUGUCGAUGAUGUUAUUUCCCCAACAUCUGUUGUCAGAUUCUCAGCUUGUUCAUCGAUGGCUCUUUCCAACCGCUCGCAUCCGUUCAGGAACUCAUCCGAUGGCAGAAAAUUCAAGUUCUUGACCAUCAAAAGCCUUGAUAAACGGAUAUUAUUUCCUCGGUCGAUGCUAGGAACGUACGACGAAGCAAUAGAUGCCAUUUCAGCACAUUUUCCAAAGCUCAAGAAAGAAACAUUAUCUCUGCGAACAAAUGCUUUUCCGGAAUGCGAGGGCGAAUACGUUGAGAUCCCACCGACUACGUGGACACAUGCGCUUCCAGAACUGAAAUCAGUAGACGUCGAAAUCGAGACCGAGACCGAUGUGAUCAAGCAAUACCCAACAAUCCAAAUCUUAUCCCCCGCUGGAGCGCAGUUUGAGGUAACUGUCAAACUGGACUUGGAGCAAGAAUGGAUGUUCGAUGUUGUGAUGAAACGACGUUGGAGGACAGUGGCAAGGAAAAGUGGGCCUCGAUAUUACCGAUACCAGACCGAAUGGUGUGCACAAGUCGGAGUGCAGAGGGACAUUCUCCCUGCGAUUCCUGGCCCUCGCGAUCCAAGACCGCGCUUAGAGCGGCAGAGUGGCUCUGGAAACCUAGACGACCACCACGCAGUUGUUCUGUCCAGAGACUCGGUUACUUUCUAUCUCAAUAGAGUUUUGCGGACUAUAGGUCUGGGAGCAGAAGCUCGGGCUCAUUUCAUAUCAAACAACCUAUCUGGCCUUAUGGCAAAGCCGUAUGUUGCCUUGGUAUUCGUUCCUCAAUCCGUUUACGAAGAUCAGGCGCCAAUGGAAAUAACGCCAUAUCCAGAUGUCGUAACACGGAUCCUUAUGCUGUACAAGAGUGUACCUGCCGCACACAUUGAACGAUGGAGUAAUGCUGUCAAACGAGCUGAGGAAAGCACGCAGCGUUGGAUAGACAUCAUUGGUCUAGAUGCUAGGCGACACGAUGAGACAUUGUGUCGGGUUUGGCAAUGGGCCUCACUUAAUUACUUACCUGACGAAUGCUGAAUUGAUAUUCGACUUGAUAGGCUAUUCUGUACGGAUGUCAACAAUGCAAUAAAAGAUUCGUUAGGUGUAUACAAGUCGUAAAAGAUCAUGAGAUAUACAAGGCGAUCGAACGCUCUAGCAAUGAUAACAGUCAAGGAUCCCCGUUCUACAUUCGUAUCGGAAUAAUCUCAGUAUUCAUAAUCCUCAUACUCCUCCGCCUCCGCAUUUUCUGCGGCCUUCUCUUUCGCCUCCCUAGCCACCUCCUCCUUCGCCUGCUCCAUACAAAACAAAAGCUCGUCGGUAAUGUCCCGCUUCAUUGUGACUGUGACGCGCCAGGUUUUAUUGUCCGGAGUCCAGAAGGACGAGAUACCGAAAUCAUCGAGGUUCUUGUCCUCAGUUAUGGCCCAGUUCGGAUCGGUGCACAUUCCUUUGAGUGAGCCUUCGAUGCAUUC